AUGUCGAGAUUCCCAAAACAUAUGACAAGUCACUUUCGAAACACACCACAAGUUCCACAAUCACCAAGACAUUCAAUAGAGCUUGACGCAUUAGAUGCCAAUGGAAGAUCCUUGACUCCUCCAAGGACUGAUCAAAUGUUACAUGAGAUUCAGACUGGGGUAUCUGGCACUGUCAUUGCUGCUAUAAUGUCUACCAUCCUAGCUGUAUCAUGGCCUGGGCCAACAGGUCGACCCGAUCACCAGGUUUUGGCACUUGGAGAUGCCCUUCAUGUACUCAAAAACGUAGCGACCGCCCGCUACCCUCUUGCUGCUGUGGUCAGUCUUGUUCAAGAAAAAAGCGUUGUGGUACUCGGCGCAAUUGCCCUUCGUAUACAUGCUCAGCGAUAUGUCAUCCUGGACCAUGCAUCAAACCCGAAUGCACCGAUAGCUGCGGAGAGGAGAUACGCCAAGAGCCAACCAUUCAACACCGAACAGCUUUAG